UGGUUUUCUAGCAAAUUAACCGAGAGCUAAAGAACCGCUUUGGUAUAAACAGCACCUCUGAGGCUCAUCUGAAAGAGAACGAGACCUCUAAGCCCAUCUCUGACUUCAAACAGAAGAAACUAGUAGAAGCAGUGAAGGAGGAACUGCAAAGACAAGGUCCCUCUGUGCCCCCACUGCCCCUUCUAAGGCAAAGAUCUCUUCUACGACCAUCAUCAUCAGUUCCAUCCAAUUGUGGAGCACCACCUCCUACCCUUCCUCCUCCAGUCCCUCCACACACUGCUCCCCUAAUACAAGCUUAUGGAAUGAACACAGGAAAGUCGACACUGCUGAGUCAAGUCAAAGAAGGGACCCAGCUAAAGGUGGCGCAAGAAAACUUGCCAGUAUCCAACACCAGAAGUCCGUCUAAUGAUUACGCAUAUCAAUCUGGUCCUACGCUACUUGAGGCCAAGGGAGACAUUAAAAGCCCACAGAUCAAUGACUCUCAGGUGAACAACACUGUUUACUCUACCUCCCCUAAGAGGGAGACAGAGGGCAGCAGAAGGCAGUGGCAGGGUGGCACAACAAGCAACGUCCGGCUCCCUGGCAAUGUAGAAUUGGGAGCUCGAAACCCAGGCUUUGAUCAAAUUAACCGGGAGCUGAAGAACCGGUUUGAUAUGACCAGCACCUCUGAGGCUCAUCUGAAAGAGAACGAGACCUCUAAGCCCAUCUCUGACUUCAAACAGAAGAAAGUAGUAGAAGCAGUGAAGGAGGAACUACAGAGACAAGAUCCUACGCUACUGAAGGCCACGGGCAACAUUAAAAGCCCACAGAUCAAUGACUCUCAGGUGAACAACACUGUUUACUCUACCUCCCCUAAAAGGGAGACAGAGGGCAGCAGAAGGCAGUGUCAGGGUGGCACAACAAGCAACGUCCGGUUCCCAGGCAAUGUAGAAUUGGGAGCUCGAAACCCAGGCUUUGAUCAAAUUAACCGGGAGCUGAAGAACCGCUUUGGUAUAAACAGCACCUCUGAGGCUCAUCUGAAAGAGAACGAGACCUCUAAGCCCAUCUCUGACUUCAAACAGAAGAAACUAGUAGAAGCAGUGAAGGAGGAACUACAGAGACAAGGUCCCUCUGUGCCCCCACUGCCCCUUCUAAGGCAAAGAUCUCUUCUACGACCAUCAUCAUCAUCAGUUCCAUCCAAAUGUGGAGCACCACCUGCUCACCUUCCUCCUCCAGUCCCUCCACACACUGCUCCCCUAAUACAAGCUUAUGGAAUGAACACAGGAAAGUCGACACUGCUGAGUCAAGUCAGAGAAGGGACCCAGCUAAAGGUGGCGCAAGAAAACUUGCCAGUAUCCAACACCAGAAGUCGUCUAUCUAAUAAUUACGCAUAUCAAUCUGGUUGGUUUGUUAUAGUAAUAAUAGUGUUUUUCAUUUAUUUUUUAUUGUAUCUUUUACCUAUUUCUGCUGGAAAAUGAGGUGUCACUAUGGGUUUUUAUGUGUUAAAGGGGCUGGCUUUUAACCUCUGUAUAAUCAUAGCACAAUUAGUCAAUAUUUACUCAGCCAAAAGAUGGUUUCAAAGAAGUGAUGCAGGACAAAGUAAUAACAAUUUUAAUGCAGUCAGAUGAGAUUAUGAGUUGACUAGUGUGGAUGUCUAAUGUUUUUUCACCACUAUAGCACCUACAACAGCAAAAAAAGUGAUCGCCAAAUAAUGGUUAUUUUAGUUUAUAUAAGUAUAAGUAUUUUAGAGUUAUAUAAUAUAUAAUUAUAAUUAUUAUAAUUAUAUAAUGGUUAUAUUAUAUAACCAGCCAUGUGGCGUGCACGGUGGAGCAGUGGGUAGCACUGUCGCCUCACAGUAAGAAGGGCCUGAGUUUGAGAUGUCAUUUUACGCAUUAAAAAAAAAAAAACACCAACCCCGGAUUUACAGCCCUGUCUGCCAGUGAAAGUUGCCCAAUGCGUUUUAUGACCUUGUAGCGAAUUCAAUUUAAUAAUUUAACAUUAAUGCAGAAACAUUAAUAUUCCUCAAAAUAGGGGCACGAGGUUGGUUUUAAAGCUGAAACCUCGCUAGACAAACACCAGAUGUCAAUUUAGUGAGUUAAUACUUAUGAUUAAUAGUAAUCACAAUUUCUUUGAUAAAACCAAAUCAGUCUCUAAUGUCAUGAGUUCUUGUCAAAGUGUCAGUGGCAUUUGUUGUUGUCUGAAGAAGGACAAACACAAAACCAGAUUUUAACGUUUUAUUAUGCUAAUACUAUGGAAUAUAUGAAUAAAA